AUGAGUGAUAUGAAUGCGUUGUUGAAGCAAGCUGCGAUGCAGAUAGGUGCUGGUGGAAGUGCAGGGUUUGUUGAAGUCCUGAUUAUGCAGCCCCUGGACCUUAUAAAGACUAGGCUGCAGUUGCAGGCCACCAAUAAGAACCUGCCAAGAACAGACCCUCACUAUUACACUGGAAUAUUGGACUGUGUACAGAAAAUGUACAGGCAUGAAGGAUUAUCAUCAUUCUACAAGGGUAUAUUGCCUCCUAUUUUGGCCGAGACACCUAAAAGAGCAGUGAAGUUUGUUUGCUUUGAACAAUACAAAAAACUUGGUAUGACAAUUCUUGGUACCAGUACAGCAACACCUUUAGUAUUUUCACUAGCUGGACUCGGAGCAGGUAUAACAGAAGGUAUAUUUGUAAACCCAUUUGAAGUAGUGAAAGUAACAUUAAUGGCUAACAAGGCCAGAGGCAAAGAGGUCCCAAGCACAUGGUCUGUUACUAGACAAAUUGUGAGAGAACAUGGUUUUGGCUCUAGAGGGUUAAGCAAAGGUCUGACUGCAACACUUGCCAGGAAUGGUGUUUUCAAUAUGGUGUAUUUCGGAUUCUAUCAUAGUGUAAAAGAUAUGGUACCUGAGAACAAGGUACCAAUCCUAGACUUCUUAAGAAAGCUGUGCAUCGGUUUCGUAGCAGGAUGUCUAGGGUCAUGUGUCAAUAUACCAUUUGAUGUCGCUAAAAGUCGAAUCCAAGGACCGCAGCCUAUAAAAGGAGAAAUAAAAUACAGGACAACCACUGGAGCUAUGAUAACGGUGUAUCGAGAAGAAGGAUUCCGCGCAUUAUACAAAGGUCUGGUACCAAAGGUCAUGAGACUGGGUCCCGGAGGAGCUAUAAUGUUGGUUGUAUAUGAAAAAGUAUAUCAUUUCUUAGAGACAAAAUUUCUGUAG